AUGCGAAGAGCGCACCUACGACAUUGCCUGGAAAAACUCAAAGAAUUAGUACCUCUGACACCCGAAGCCUCGAGACACACAACCUUAGGCCUUUUAACAAAGGCGGAAAGAUAUAUUAAGAGCCUUGAGGAUAAAUUUAGGCGACAAACGCUUUUUUUGGAAAAAUUACAACGGGAAAAUCGGUACCUUAAUAGGAGAUUAGAUAGUUUGCAUAAACAAGUUGCCCUGUCGAAAAGACGAUCCGUCUCUGAAUGUUCAACAAAUACAAUAUCAAGUAUAAGCACAAAUUUAUCAACGGGAUCACCAUCAAUAUCAGAAUCAGAUGAAGUUGAUGUCAUCGGUUAUACUAGCAAUCAAAGCGAUACAGACGAUUAUAGCAGCGCUCAGUCUUCUAGUGACAGCGGCGUUGCCAUGUCUACCAGCCGUCUUACCCUUUCCGAAAUGGAAAUUUUCUAG